GUCACUUCCGCGCACGCUUUCGUUCCGUGUUUGCCCGACUUCCGCCAGUGCUGCCCGGUUAGCUGCUGGUCCAGAGGGAGGAUGACCUCGCUCAGAGCCUUCACCUGCGAUGAUCUCUUUCGGUUCAACAACAUAAAUUUGGAUCCUCUCACAGAAACUUAUGGGAUCCCUUUUUACUUACAGUACCUGGCACACUGGCCCGAAUACUUCAUUGUUGCCGAGGCGCCUGGUGGAGAACUUAUGGGUUACAUAAUGGGGAAAGCUGAAGGAUCCGUGGCCAGAGAGGAGUGGCAUGGCCACGUCACAGCACUUUCUGUAGCUCCUGAAUUCCGGCGUCUUGGUUUGGCUGCUAAACUCAUGGAGCUCCUGGAAGAAAUAUCUGAAAGGAAAGGAGGGUUCUUUGUGGAUCUUUUCGUCAGAGUGUCCAAUCAGGUUGCAGUUAACAUGUACAGACAGCUGGGUUACAGUGUGUACAGGACCGUGAUCGAGUAUUAUUCAGCCAGCAAUGGGGAGCCAGAUGAGGACGCCUAUGACAUGAGAAAGGCACUUUCCAGAGACACAGAGAAGAAGUCCAUCAUACCGCUGCCGCACCCAGUCAGGCCGGAGGACAUUGAAUAACCUUAGCUAUGGUUCUUGGGCAAAGUAGUCUUGAUCAGAUUUGCAUAUUCUGUAUAUUUAGCACAAUACUAAAUUAGUCCUACAGGAUUUAAGCACACUGCUAAGAAUAUUUUAUGCCAUGUUCUCCAAAACUAUGUCAUUACACUUUGUAUGGACAUGUGCACGGUAAAGCUGGCCAUACACUUUAGAUAGAUGUAGGCUGAACACUCCUUCGGUCAAUAGCUAUCUCUUCUGACCCUGACUACCCUACACAUGCACGCUCGGCUGAGGCUGCGUGUAUUGUGAAUGGGGAGAAAGCCGCUGCCAGGCACCCCUUGAAGUCGCUUACCUCCCCCGAGAACCCAAAAAAUUGAGAAUGUGGUCAUUCAUUACGUUCUAUCCUACUUUUCCCUGACAUCUGCUGUCUGGGGAUAAGACGCCUCCAUAAACAUUAGGUGAUGACCCAGUCCCACUGAAAUUGGCAGUUCUCUUCUCUUAAAGGGGUUGUCUCAUCUUAGAUAUUGUCAGAUAGGUGCAGGACAGGACCCAAGUGAGCGGAGACAAGCCGCCCUCAUUUAAUUUCUAUGGCACUGCCGACUCUCGCAGUCUUAUAGAAGUUCAUGGAGCGGUGGCUGCACUUGCUCGAUGCAUGCACUCUCCAUUCACUUCCAUGGGAUCUGCCAAAAUAGCAGAGCUCGCUCACUCAGCCACAUUGAGAAUUCCAUUAGAAACUAAUGGAGAGCACGGUGCGCAUGCGCGGUGAGCUCUUCUUCACUUCGGGGGUCCGUUCUGGAGAUAGUUGCAGAUCUCUGAGGUGGGACCUGCACCUAGCUGACUCCUAGUGAAAUGCCAUCAAAGUCUGAUAUGAUACAACUCCUUUCAUCUAAUGUGUAUAGCCAUCUUUGUUCUGGUUUUGAUCUGUUGACAGUUAUGUCCUACUUGUGAUAUUUUGGUUUAUCACCCGACUACCUGCAGAUUAUUAGUUAAGAACUUUUAUGCUGUCAGACUUGUCCCCCUAGCUAAGAAUCAUCAUUUCCUCUCCUCUCCCCACCAGUUCUGAUAAAGUAGAUUUAUCUAUAACUCACAGCCAGAUUUAUGGCU